CUGCUGCACCGCCCCCCUCCACCUCUCCGUCAGCGGAUCCGAAGCGCCGCAGCGCCGCAUCGGGGCGGGGCGAGGGCUGGUUGUCACGAUUCGGCACAUCAUCUGCCAUUGAGGAGGCCAUCAAGCGUCUUAGUGAGUCGGCAGCCGUCAUGAUGGAUUGCAUCGAGCAGCGAUGCGGUAGCCUGAUAAAAGCGACACGGGCGAGGGAAAGGUGCAUUGGACACUUAGGUGGCAUUGUGUAUCUUGGGUGUCGUGGCUGUAGGUGUGUAUCGUCGUCCAAGGUUGCGGGGUCUGCAAGUCGUGGCCGCUGGGAGGAAGCCCUCCGGGUCAGCCCCAAUUUGUGCGUUGAUUGCCCGUUCAUUCAGUAGGGAUGUCAGCCAUCCAUCCAUCGACAGCGACUUCCAUUUUAUAGUCAUCGGAGAGCCGCGGAUGAGGUCUGCUAGAACUGUCAGGUGCGCAGGGAGAGUCGGCCGCCGAUGCGUCUUCGCGUUGUGAAGGUAAUCCGUGUUAUCAUGUUCCGCGUGCAGAUGUUGA